GGCCGGCGGGGGCGAGGCCGAUGGGGCUCAAGGCGCGCAGGGCGGCGGGGGCGGCUGGCGGCGGCGGCGACGGGGGCGGCGGCGGCGGCGGCGGGGCCCCUAACCCGGCCGGAGGGGACGCGGCGGCGGCGGCGGGCGACGAGGAGCGGAAAGUGGGGCUGGCGCCGGGCGACGUGGAGCAAGUCACCUUGGCGCUCGGGGCCGGAGCUGACAAAGACGGGACCCUGCUGCUGGAGGGCGGCGGCCGCGACGAGGGACUGCGGAGGACCCCGCAGGGCAUCGGGCUCCUGGCCAAGACCCCCCUGAGCCGCCCUGUCAAGAGGAACAACGCCAAGUACCGACGCAUCCAAACUUUGAUCUACGACGCCCUCGAGAGACCGCGGGGCUGGGCGCUGCUCUACCACGCGCUCGUGUUCCUGAUUGUCCUUGGGUGCUUGAUUCUGGCCGUCCUGACCACCUUCAGGGAGUACGAGACUGUUUCGGGAGACUGGCUUCUGCUGCUGGAAACAUUUGCUAUUUUCAUCUUCGGAGCCGAGUUUGCUUUGAGGAUCUGGGCUGCCGGGUGCUGCUGCCGAUACAAAGGCUGGCGGGGACGACUGAAGUUUGCCAGGAAGCCCUUGUGCAUGUUGGACAUCUUCGUGCUGAUCGCUUCUGUGCCGGUGGUUGCCGUGGGAAACCAGGGCAAUGUCCUGGCCACGUCCCUGCGGAGCCUGCGUUUCCUGCAGAUACUGCGGAUGCUUCGCAUGGAUCGGAGGGGCGGCACCUGGAAGCUCCUGGGCUCGGCCAUCUGCGCCCACAGCAAAGAGCUCAUCACCGCCUGGUACAUCGGGUUCCUGACGCUCAUCCUUUCUUCAUUUCUCGUCUACCUGGUUGAGAAAGAUGUGCCGGAGGUGGAUGCCCAAGGAGAAGAGAUGAAAGAGGAGUUUGAGACCUACGCGGAUGCCCUUUGGUGGGGUCUGAUCACACUGGCCACCAUUGGCUACGGAGACAAGACGCCCAAAACGUGGGAAGGCCGUCUGAUUGCAGCCACCUUUUCCUUAAUUGGCGUCUCCUUUUUCGCCCUUCCAGCGGGCAUCCUGGGGUCCGGGCUGGCGCUCAAGGUGCAGGAACAACACCGUCAGAAGCACUUUGAGAAAAGGAGGAAGCCCGCUGCUGAGCUCAUCCAGGCCGCCUGGAGGUACUAUGCUACCAACCCCAACAGGAUUGAUCUUGUGGCGACGUGGAGGUUCUAUGAAUCAGUCGUCUCUUUUCCGUUCUUCAGGAAAGAACAGCUGGAUGCAGCAGCCAGCCAAAAGCUGGGUCUCUUGGAUCGGGUUCGCCUUUCUAAUCCUCGUGGUAGCAAUACUAAAGGAAAGCUAUUUACCCCUCUGAAUGUAGAUGCCAUAGAAGAAAGUCCUUCUAAAGAACCAAAGCCUGUUGGCUCAAACAAUAAAGAGCGUUUCCGCACCGCCUUCCGCAUGAAAGCAUACGCUUUCUGGCAGAGCUCUGAAGAUGCCGGGACGGCCGACCCCAUAGCAGAAGACAGGGGCUACGGGAAUGACUUCCUCAUCGAAGACAUGAUCCCCACCCUGAAGGCCGCCAUCCGAGCCGUCAGAAUUCUACAAUUCCGUCUCUAUAAAAAAAAAUUCAAGGAGACUUUGAGGCCUUAUGACGUGAAGGACGUGAUUGAGCAGUAUUCCGCCGGACAUCUUGACAUGCUUUCCAGGAUCAAGUACCUUCAGACGAGAAUAGAUAUGAUUUUCAGCCCUGGACCUCCAUCUACUCCAAAACAUAAGAAGUCUCAGAAAGGGGCAGCGUUCACCUACCCAUCCCAGCAAUCUCCCAGGAAUGAACCGUAUGUGGCCAGACCAUCCACAUCCGAAACUGAAGACCAAAGCAUGAUGGGGAAGUUUGUGAAAGUCGAAAGGCAGGUUCACGACAUGGGGAAGAAACUGGAUUUCCUGGUGGAUAUGCAUAUGCAACACAUGGAGCGGCUGCAGGUGCACGUCACCGACUUCUGUCCGACCAAGGGGACCUCUUCGCCAGCGGAGGUGGAGAAGAAAGAGGACCACAGGGGUUCGGAUUUGAAAACCAUCAUCUGUAACUACUCCGAGACCGGCACCCCCAACGCUCCCUGCAGCUUCCACCGGGUGCCCAUUGACAGAGCCGGCCCCGACCCCAUGAACCUGUCCCGAGGGGCACCCAGUUCUGCAAAGGUUCAUGCCACCCCUUCCUCCUCGGCGACCACCUAUGUGGAAAGGCCCACCGUCCUGCCUAUCUUGACUCUUCUCGACUCCCGAGGGAGCUACCACUCCCGGGCUGAACUGCACAGUCCCUGCUCGGACCGGGUCUCCCCCCAGCAGAGACACAGCGUCACCCGGGACAGUGACACGCCCCUGUCCCUGAUGUCCGUCAACCACGAGGAGCUGGAACGCUCUCCAAGUGGCUUCAGCAUCUCCCAAGACAGAGACGAUUAUGUGUUUGGCCCGAGCGGGGGGUCAAGCUGGAUGAGGGAGAAACGGUACCUCGCCGAGGGGGAGACAGACACGGACACAGACCCCUUCACGCCCAGUGGUUCCAUGCCUUUGUCGUCCACGGGGGAUGGCAUUUCUGAUUCGAUAUGGACCCCUUCCAACAAGCCCACUUAAAAGGGGUCGUGGGCUGGCUCCUCCUUGUAAUGUAGACAGACUUUGUAUAGCUCACUUGCUCUCACACCCGCCGUGUACCUGUGAGAUUCCCCAGUGGCUGCAUCAAACGCAUGCAUGUGCGUGGUAGCCCCACCUGGGCUGGGGCUUCUCGUGGCCUUUUUCUUCUCCGGGUCACCACACUGAAGCCGCUUCCUUUCAAGCAUGGUUUGCAUGACUUUACACUAUAUAAAUGGUACCGCUAACCUCUUUAGGAUACACAUUUAUCCGCUGUUCUUACUUUGAAUCAUGACUGGACCAGUACAGGGAGAAAUGACUGAUGAGUGUGCUAUGCGUCUGUGUGGUCGUCUGGUUUGGGUUUUGGUUGGGUGAGCAGACAAAGUCGUUUACAUUCUUCCUAGCAUCUCUGCCCCUUGUGUAAAACAGUCCAACAAUUAACCGUUCUCUAAAGCAGGCAAAUAAUUCUCUCAACCAAAAUACAUUGCAUACCAGUGACGUUGCCUUCUGAGCUAAAAACGUGAGGGCAGGAACGAGAUCGUCAUCACAUCCUCAAAACCAAGAAUUUAAAACAUUAUUUUAUAAAGGAGAGGCUGGGAAAACCUUCCAAAAGCUCUCAGAGGGACCUCACUUAGUCUGUCACUGUCAACUGUCAUGCCCUGCUUUCCUCAUCUAUGAAGGGUGGUGGCAGGUGUAACACGUCGGGUGAGUUGUGACCAGGCAGGGAGGAAACACACGCACAUGCACAUUAAG